AUGGCGGCCGCCGCGGGUGCGGGUGCUGGCGGUGGCGCCGGCGAGGAGGGCAGGGCCCCGCGGCUGCCGCCCCGCUCGGUGCCGACCCCGCCGCUGCACACCGUGGAGAUGCACACGGGCGGCGAGCCGCUGCGCGUCGUCCCGCGCCUGGAGGCGGCCGAGGCGGCGGUGGCGGCAGCGGGGCUGUCGCUGCUGGAGCUGCGGCGGCACAUGGCGGCCGCGCACGACCACGUGCGGCGGGCGCUGGUGCACGAGCCCCGCGGGCACCGCGGCAUGUACGGGGCGCUGGUGGUGCGCGGCGGGGCGGCCGUCGGCGACGCCGACCUGGCCGCUCUGUUCCUGCACGGCGCCGGGUACAGCGCCAUGUGCGGCCACGCCGUGCUGGCCCUCGGGCGCUUCGCCCUCGACUACGGGCUGGUGGCCGCCCCGCGCCGCCCCGAGACCGCCGUGCGCCUGCGCUGCCCCUGCGGGGUCGUCACCGCCUUCGUGCCGUGGGACGGUCGCCGCAGCGGCAACCCCGUCCGCUUCCACAGCGUGCCCGCCUUCGCCGCCGCCACCGAUGUACCCAUCGAUGUCCCCGGUCACGGGAAGGUGGUGGUCGACAUCGGCUACGGCGGCACUUUCUACGCCUUUCUCAGUGCCGAGCAGCUGGGCCUCGAUGUUUGCUCCUCGAAGACCAGAGACCUCGUCAGCGCGGCGAGCGCGGUGACGGAAGCGGUGAAGAAGCAGUUCCAGCUCCAUCACCCUGAGAGCGAAGACCUGGCUUUCCUCUACGGCACCAUACUGACGGACGGGAAGGACGCCUUCAGCGAGGAGCCUACCACCAACAUCUGCGUGUUUGCGGAUGAACAGGUUGACCGAUGUCCGACGGGUUCAGGUGUGACAGCUCGCAUCGCCCUGCAGUACCACAAGGGGCUCAUCCAGCUGAACCAGAGCAGAACCUUUCGGAGCAGUACCACGGGGUCCUUGUUCACGGGGAAGGCAGUGAAGGCAACCAAGUUUGGGGACUACAACGCUGUUGUAGUGGAAGUCUCGGGAGAAGCCUUUUACACCGGUACGGCCACCUUCACAAUGGAAGAGGAGGACCCGCUGAAAUACGGCUUCUUCUUCAAGUGACUGGAGCCUCUCAGUGAUGGUGCUGCGCUUCUCCUGCCUGCGCAUUUCUGUUCUGCUUCUCCCCACGGCUCGCUGCCAUGUGCCAGAGCAACGGGACCAGCCUUCGGUGGCACGACAGUGCCUGCUGUGUUCUGAGAUAACAGGUCGUGCUUCUCUGCUCUGACUGUUGGUGGAGGUCCAUGGCUGCUCUGGGAAGCCGCAAUCUUUUUUUUUUUAAUAAUUUUUCACAGAAAAUGCAACUGAUCUUUGGAGAGCUGUCUUCAAAUUUAUGUGCCUUCUCUGCUUCUGUAAAUUAGUAAUUUCUAAGCCAAAUUCCUAUUAAAUGCCAGCUGGAAA